UGAGUAUAUUUUAUGUAUUUAAUAUAAUCAUAUAUUUAAUUUAACCAUGGUCCAAGCGGCGAUGCGAAAGGCGAUCUAGUGUUCUAGGGUUUCGAUGAUUCAAAGGUAUUGGGAUCCUGGGAUUAGAGAGGAGGAGAGGUUAACGGGUCGAUUUGAAUCGGAGAUUCGAUUUGGAGAUGGGAUUCUCCAAGGUCGGAAGGCUGAAGAUGGAAACUCGAGAUUUUCUUUUGAUUUUGGAUGGGUUGGUUUGAUCGAGGUUACGAUGAAGAUGGAGAUUUGGAUUUGGCGAAAACUAAGGAUUACGAGGAUCGGGAUUUUGAUUUUAAUUUCGAUCAUCAUCAAGACGAAAUUGAAUCAAGAAGAAAACAGUCAACUUUUGAGCAAUGUGGGGGAGGUGAAGAACGGAGAAGGAACUCGCAGAAGAUUUCAGUGCCCCAUUUCGAUAAUUCAGCUCUCAUCAAGACUUUUUCCAAAACUCUUAUUGGAAGAUGUAUGAAUCCGGAGGAGCAGGAGAUGAAGGCUCUGAUCUCGAAUCUCCCGAAGAUAUGGAAAUUUGAGGAGAGGGUUGUUGGCUCGGAUUUGGGUUUUGAGAAGUUCCAGUUUGACUUCGAAAAGGAGGAGGACAUGGAGGGGGUUCUUAAGCUUCAACCUAUUCAUUUUGAUUACUGGAUGUUGUCCUUGGCGCGGUGGCAACCUAACAAGUCCUUGCUCUACCCGUCGGAGAUAACAUUUUGGGUUAGAGUCAUAGGAGUCCCGUGGGAGUUCAAAACGGAACCCACUUUUGAGAGCAUUGGUGACGCCAUAGGAAGGACAGUGGCUGUAGAUUUGGAUCACUCUCGCGUGCAAGUGGUGGUUGAUGCUUUUAAUGAGCUGUGUUUUGAAACCACGGUAGACUUCACUGGUGGGGAGUUUUAUGAUGGAGAGGAAGCUCCGGUAUCGCUGCUGUAUGAGAAGCUGUUUGGAUAUUGUCAAGUGUGUGGUAGUCUGUGCCAUAAAGAUGAAGUCUGUCCCUUAGAUGUGAAGAACAUCAAGAAGAGCCCAGAAAAGAAACGAGAAGGAAGAGAAGGUAAUGGUGCUUGGUACGAUGGAGGGAAGUAUGAUGAUCGCGCAAGGAGUUAUAAAGGUGUAGUCAUUAAUGGAAACGCGAAUCAACAGAAUAAAGAAAGAGAAGGCCGGGAGUAUUAUGGCAAAAGUAAGGGCAAGAUGGGGGAGGAAACAUAUUCUAAAUGGAUGAAGGUGUCAGAGAGAGGAAGUAAGAGAGCCUACACUAACCGUGGAACUUAUAGAGGAGAUGGGGAAGCUUCUCGGCACAGACCUGCGAGGAGAGAGGACUCAAGGCCUGGCGCUAAGAGUGGACAAAUUCGACCCUCUUCAGGACAGACUAGGGAGCAACAGCCUCAACAAGAUGCUCGUGAGGAAGUUCGAGAGGAGGUUGAGAUCAGGUCCGCUGAGGAGUCUCGCGCAAUGCCACCUUCUCAAGCGUUUCAAGUGGAACUGGCCAAAUCUCAGGCUGAGGGAACGACAGUCAUCUCGGAUCCUAUUGAUGUGGACCAAGGGUUGGCAGCGGUACAUGGUAUGCAGGAGGAUCAUGUGGACUUAGAAGAUGAGGAUGUAAUGGACAUGGAUGAGAUUAAGGCUCAUCUACUUGAGAAUGAGAUAGAUAUGGAUGCAAAGGAUUUUUUAGAGAAGCUAGAAGAGGAGGAAACUAAGGAAGUGGGCAAGAAACAGAAAGAGGAGAACAAUGCUCAAGAGACAGACGAGGUGGUGUUUGUGGAAGAAGAGCAAGGCACGCUUGGUGGAGAUGCGGUGAAGAAACCAGGAUUACGUAAGAGUCUAUUCAAGCCGUCGACCGGUACUGCGGGAAGUACUAAAAUGAGAGCGUUCAAUGCGCUUGCGUCACCACGUAAGCGAGCUGCAGAGAGGCCAGGAACACGACACGGAGAUACCACCAAUCAAGCAGAGAGUAAGGGUGCUUCAAACCCGAAACUUGGAAAUCAGAGGAUCUGAUUUAUGGUUAGAGUCUUUUCUCAAGGUUUUUCAAGCAGGCAGGGCCUGUCUUAUGAUUUAGGUUGUUUUCUGGUUUUAAUAAGCUCUAUGAGCACUUGCAUUUUUUCUGUUUCUAAGAGUUGUAAGCGUCUGGUCUUACUGCGGUUUUAUGGUGGCUGUUAAGGGAUUUCUUUGAGGAAAAGCAAUGGAAUAAUAAAACAGUCUUGUGUUA